AUGUCCGAACUACCUUCCAUCCGGUGGGGAAUUAUCACCACGGGUCUGAUUUCAUCCUGGUUCGUGGAAGACCUAGUAAUACCCCAAGAAAACCCCAAAGUCAAGCAUAUCGUACAAGCAAUCGGCUCCUCGGCCCUCGAAAAAGGGCAAAAAUUCGCAGCAAAAUACUGUCCCCAAAGCACACCAACAAUCUACGCCUCCUACGAAGAAGUCUACAACGACCCAAAUGUAGACGUAGUUUACAUCGGCACCCCGCACUCAUUCCACAGAAAGAACUGUCUCGACGCCAUCCGCGCCGGUAAGCCCAUCCUCUGCGAGAAGGCCUUCACCCUGAACGCCGCAGAAGCACGGGAAGUAUUCGCCGCCGCAGCAGAAAAGAAUGUAUACGUCCACGAAGCAAUGUGGCUACGACACCGCCCGCUUGUGCACGAGCUACGCAGGCUCCUCUACGAGGAGAAAGUGAUUGGAGACGUCUUCCGAACGAUUGUCGACUUCGCCCUCGACGUCGAUAUCCCUAGUUUACCUCCGACAUCGCGGUACAGGGAUCCGGCGCUGGGCGCGGGCUCGCUCCUCGAUCUGGGUGUUUAUGCCCUCACGUGGGCGAUGCUUACCCUGGAUCCUAAGUCGCCUGGGGCGUCGGAACUUCCGCAGGUAUUGGCGACCCAGACGCAUCUUCAUGGGGUGGAGGUUACAACUGGUGUGUUGUUGAGGUAUCUCUCCUCCGGUAGACAGGGUAUUGUUAGCUCUACGACGAUGAUGCCUGGGGACCCGGCCCAUGUUGCACGGAUUCAGGGGACGAAGGGGUAUAUUGAUGUUGAGGGUCCGGCUGCUUCUAUGCCUCUUUCAUUUACGAUCUACGAAAAGAAUGCGACGGAGAAGGUAGGCAAGAAGUAUGAUUUUCCAAGGAUUGGGCGUAGAAAGCAAAAUGAGCUCAUGCCGUGGUCAGAGACUCUUCGCGUUAUGGAAAUCAUGGAUGAGAUUCGUCGCCAGGGUGGAACGAGAUAUCCUGUCGAUGUAUGA